CCAAGAUGGCGGCGGACGGGGGCUGACGGAGGAGGAGGAGGAGGAGGAGGAUGGAGGAGGCGAUGGCCCCGCGGGAGCUCCGUGUGCUCCUGGCGCCCCGCUCGCUGGAGCCACGGGGAGCCCCGCGGGACGCGGCCCGGGUGCGGCUGAGCAGGGCCCAGGACGCUCUGGGCACCCUCCUGGCCCCCGGCGGCAUCUCCGUGGAGCCGCUGGCGGCGGGCGGCGCCGGGCGGGCCCGGGGCACGGCCCUGCCGGGGGACUGGGCCGACUUCAUGUGGGAGGACACAGAAGAUGAUGGUUUGCAAGAAAACAAGUCAAAACUCCUGGCUCUUGGACAAAGUCAUGGACUGUUUGUCUAUGAACUCUCUGUAGAAGAUGGAAAGUCCAGCCUAACCUCCCUGCACAGUUGUAAGGAAGAGACACUUAAAAAGCUCCUUGAAGUUAAAAACAUUAGUCUGCCUUCAGUUUUCUCUAUGAAGAUUCUGUCUUUUGGAAACAACAAGUGCAAACUUCUGCUCAACCAGUUCAUCCUUGUGCAUCUGACCUUUCCUGGGGAAGACUCCCCCUCAGAGACCUGUGACUGCUUCACCCUGGAUUUGCCUCCAGAGGUUUUGGGGAGAAUAACAGAUUCCUGCUUCUGCAGAGGGAUCCUGUUCCUGUUGGAUAGUGCUGGCUGGAUUUACAUAUUUGACUCUUUUGAUGGUGCCAGCCUAGGCAGGAUCAGUGUGGCCCUGUGGCAGGGAGAGGGGCAGGCUGGGGGCAGGGGCCCAGCCCUGCCAUCCCCUCUCACUGCCCUGAGGGUGUCCCAGGAUUUCAGCGUGGCCGUGGUGCUCAGUGCUGCCCACUGUGCCCUCUCCGUGGAGCUCAACAGCUACUUCAGGCAGUUCCCUGAGCAUUUGCUCUGUAAGAGAGAUCCUGAAAGUCUUCCCAUGGAGCCUCCUGAGGGAGUGGAUGAGGAUGACCUUGCCAGUUCUGAGUACAGCAUGGAGCUCCUGCCCUCACCCUUCCGCACCGACAGGUCCUGGAAGGCACACUUGUCCUCACUGUGGGACAGAGUAAGAAGGAGAAGACCAGGUUCUCCAGAUCUGGGGAAUGACUUGAAUUUACCUUGGUAUCAGUUUUUUACCCAUCUUGAAGAUCAUGAUCCUGACAUUUAUGAGGACCCAGAGAAGAUGGUGGCCUUUGUUCCACGGGCUGUUACAUGGGCAGCCUCCAGACCCCUGCAGAGCCACGGCACAGACCUCAGGGCUGCAGGACACCAGUGGACACAAAUCCCUGGGGGAGCACCACAAGAAGUGGUGAAACUGGAGUGUAAACUGGUCACUGGAGCUACAGCUGUGUUUGUGGUGGUGACAAAGGACAUGGGGUUGUCUCUUGCUCUCUGGGAUUUUGAGUCCCAAGACGUGACAUGUUCCCACUUCGGCACAAACAGUGUUUACGUGGAGUGCAGUGCAGAGGUGCCACUGUGCCUGCUGCUCACAGAGCGUGGUCUGUCCUUAGUUCUGUUUGGUGUGAGCCAAGAGGAGUUUUUGAACAGGCUGAUGAUGUUUGGCAGUGCUGGAGUCGUGGAUUCCGUUUGUCACCUCAAUGGAUGGGAGCGAUGUUCCAUUCCCAUCCAUGCCCUGGAGGCGGGUUUGGAAAAUCGCCAGCUGGACACAGUGGACUUAUUUUUAAAAAGCAAAGAAAGUGUUUUCAGUCUCUCUGCUCCCUGCUCUGGGCCUGGGCAGUGCAGUGAUGGUGCAUCCCAGACCUACCUGAGAAAUUUGGAAGAGCUCAGGCCAGCUUUAAACUUGCUUUGCUCAGCAAUCCAAGAGAAUGAUAUGGAACCUCACAGCAAACACUUCUCUGAGCAGCUCCUGAACCUCACCCUGACUUUCCUCACCAGGCAACUGGAAGAAAUCUUUGUGCACACAGAGGAACCCGAUGAGUUCCUGCAGAAGGCUGCAGAUAUUCUAACUGAUUACAUUAUUCAACUGAGGAAAUUCCUGAGAAAAUAUCCUCGCCCACAAAUGAAUCCAGUGCACACAGGAGAUGAUCUGGAUGAAGACCUGCCUGAGAUAGAAGAAAGCCAUGUGUGGGAAAAACUGACACCAGAGGAAGUCAUUGCUGAGGCCAUCUUAAGCAACAAAAUGCCAGAGGCCCAGAUCUUCUUCCGAAUGCAUCAACAUCCUGCUGAGAACCUGCAGGAAUUUAUUCAGACAGGUUUGAAUCUGGUCUAUGACCGUCUGCUGAAGGACAACACCAGGGAGGCCUCAGAGCUGCUUAGAAAUAUGGGCUUGGAUGUGAAGCAGGAAUUGCACAAGAUCUGUUUCUACACAGAGGACAAACACGUCAGAGAUCUGCUGGUGAAAGUUUUACGGGAAGAAAAUUAUUUUUCUGAAAAAGAGAAGAAAAUGAUAGACUUUGUGCAUCAGGUUGAAAGCUUUUACUCGGAAUCCUUCCAGGAAAAUAAAGAGAUUCAGUCUCUUGCCAGGUUCAGUGACUGGAGGAAGGACCAGGAGCUCUCCAGCCACACAGCAGUGCUGGACUCAGUGCUGGGCUGGGACAGACACAGGGCCCCCAGCAGGAGACUCCGGGUCAUGUUGGACUGGGCUCAGUGGUGGGAUGAGCCCACACAGGAAAUGAUUCUUCUCCCCAGGAAACCACGCCAAGAGCUCAAGACGUGCAGUCCUGAGGUUCUUUGGAUGCACUUGACAGCCCAGCAUGAUUGGCUGAGUGUUUGUUCCUGGAUUGAGGAGUCAGAGCCCAGCCAGGCUCUGUGUGGAGCAGCUGCCUGGCCCCCUCUGACUGCAGACAUGGUUGACCAGAACACACUGUGCAGCAGCUACAUGAGACAUGAGAUCCUCAACAAGCUGGCCAGAAAGGGAAUUUUUGUCCGUUCUGAGCUGGAAGAUUUUGAGCUCCUGCUCCAAAGGCUGUCAUACCUUGGGGGAGUCCUGCAAAAUCCUCACCCUGUCCCAAAAUACAGCUCUGCCAGUGGCUUGGACUUCCAUGCUCAGUUUGUCCUCCACUGCUUGCAGCACAAUUUGCAGUACUUGUUAUACACCUACCUGGACUAUUACAGCUUAACCCCUUCCAAUUGCCCUAUUUUGGAUAACAAGGAGCUGCAUGAAGCACAUCCCUGGUUUGAAUUCCUGGUGCAGUGCCGAGGGGUUGCCAGUAAUCCCCGAGAUCCGAAGAUGAUUUUCCAGGCGAGUCUGGCGAACGCUCAGAUCCUGAUUCCCAGCAACCAGGCCAGUGUGAGCAGCAUCCUGCUGGAGGGCAGGACCCUGCUGGCCCUGGCCACCACCAUGUACUGCCCUGGGGGCAUCGACCAGGUUCUUCAGAAUGAAGAUACAGAAAAACCUCUAAAGAAAGUUGAUCCACAGCUCUUAAAAAUGGCCUUGACCCCUUACCCCAAACUCAAGGCUGCUCUCUUUCCCUCCUGUACUGCUCAUGGAAUUUUGCCACCUGACAUCUCUCUCUACCACCUUCUUCAGUCAUUAGUUCCCUUUGAUCCCUCGAAAUUGUUUGGCUGGCAGUCAACAAACACUCUUGCUGCAUCAGAUGCCCCCAGUGAGCUGCCCCACUUCUCUCACCCUGCCCUGGUGCGCAGGCACGCGGUGCAGGAGCGCCUGGACUUCCUCUGGUACCUGCACCAUGGGCGGCCCUCCUUCGCCUUUGGGACAUUCCUGGGCCAGCAGCUGGUGAAGAGCAAAACCCCCAAACAGCUGAUCCAGCAGGCAGGGAAGGAGGCCCAUGUUUUAGCCCUGUCCUCCUUUGGUGCCCCUGCAGUAGGAGCAGCCUGUGUGUGUUUCCUGGAGCUGCUGGGUCUCGACAGCCUCAAGCUCAGGGUGGACCUUAAAGUUGCAAACAUGAUUUUCAGCUACAGAACUAGAAAUGAGGACUCUCAUCAUGGUCAAAUCAGAGACACUUUGGUUGAAAAGUUAACAAAAUUGGCUGAUGGUGAAAAAGCAGCAGCAGCAGCAGUUCUGCCCUCCUUGGAAGAAGCCUUCUGGGAUGCAGUUGAGCAUCAGGGAAUAAAGAGGACAUGCAGUGACUCCAGGAGGCAGUGGGCCCUGGUGAUGCAGUUCUGCAGAGUGCACAGCCUGGGGCUGAGCACGUCCUACCUGCGGGAGUGCGCCCGGGCCGGCGACUGGCUGCAGUUCCUGCUGCAGGGCCACCUGCACGGCCACCAGCCUGGGGAGGUCAUUUCCAUCCUUCAGGAUUUCCCUGCCCCCUUACAAGAUCACCUGGUGCUGGCCCUGGGGAAGUUCCUGUGUCCUGAGGGCAGAGCUGUGGCCCAGGGCAGAGCUGCAGAGAGUCUGUUCCAGGUGCUGCUGCAGUGCCAGGGGAGCCCCAGCCCCUGCCAGCACCUCCUGGCUGCAGGGCUGAGGGCACAGGCCCCUGUCCUCAGUGUGCUGGCUGCCUGUGUCCCUGAUGCAGACAUCAUUCCCUGCCUCUGUGUUUGGAUCAUCACCUCUGUGGACGUUGCCACCAGAGCUGAGGCAACAAAGCACAUCCAGAGCUCAGCAGAAAACCACCAGUGGGACCUGCAGGACCUCUCAGUUAUCUGGGAAGUCUUCUUAAGGAAGCAGAAAAGUAAAACACUUCUAAAUGGCUUCCAGCUGUUUUUGAAGGAUUCCCCUUUACUGCACAUCCUGGAGGUGUAUGAACUGUGUAUGAACUGGAAAAAGUACAAUGAAGCUAAAACCAAACUGGACAAGUUUCAGGAAAGUCUCUCAAAGGUAAGGAAAUUAAUUUUCUCUGAAUGUCACUGCCUGGGUCUGCCUUUAUUGGAAUCACAAGCACUGUUCCUUCUGGAGCUGAUGAUGCAGCAGUGCAGGACGGACUACGAGCUGGGAAAGCUCCUACAGCUCUUUGCUGCAGCAGAAAAUCUUCUCCUGGAUGGCCCUUACGUGAAGAAACUCUGUGCCCUCAGUGAGAGCCUGAAGGAUUCCUCCAUACCCAUGAACCGCUCCAUCCUGAGUAGCUGCAGCCUGGAGACAUUCCAGAGGGAGUGCAGGUCCAUCCUGGAGCAGCUGCAGGAGAAGGGGAUGUUCUGCCUGGCCCGGGAGGUCGCAGCACUGGCCGAGCUGCCGGUGGACAGCGUGGUCACACGGGAGGUUCUGAGAGAUCUACAUCGUUUAAGAGAGGUUGGACAGUGGCAUCAAACCCAGACCAGAGCUGAGUUCUGGAAGAAGUGCAACGACACCUUCCUGAAACAUUCCAUCUCCAGCCAAGCCGCAGCCAGUUUUUUCCUCGAUCAGGCAAACUCAAUGUUGGAAUCCUCAGGGGAGGAGGGGGUGACCAGCAUUAUGGAGAGACACCUGCUGCUCACCCUGGCUGGCCACUGGCUGGCCAAGGAUGCCUCGGUGUCCCUGCAGCAGCUGGAAGAAGUGGAGAAGCAGAUGUGGAUCUGUCGGAUCGCACAGGAAAUGUCCCGGGCGGCCGAGGGCUCGGAGCAGUCCCCGUGUCCCUCCCCUGCCGUGGCCAGCAGGGACCUGUCCUUUGCCAGCCUGGCCAAGGAGUUCUCCUUCUCCAGGCUGCCCGCCCUGAACUCGCCCCAGUCCCUGGAGCUGGGGUUGGUGGCUCUGGAGCCCCGGCAGGCCCCGGCCGGCGCGGAGGAGGCGGCGCUGUGGGGGCUGGUGGGGGCCCUGCUGGACGACGGCAGCGUGCAUGAGGCCAGCAGGGUCUGCAGGUACUUCCAGUGCUGCCACAGGGACCUGGCCCUGGUGCUGCACUGCAGGGCCCUGGCCUCGGGGCAGGCUGGGCUGCACGAGCUGCACCCCGACGUUGAGGCUCUGCUGGCGGAGCACAGACACAGCCCCAGCGCGGCCGAGGCACCCCGGGAGGGCAGAGCCCCAGGCUCCUCCAGCUUAGAAGACUGGACACACCUGGUGGCUGCCUGUCCAGCAGAUGAGGUGGUGGCCUGUCUGAAGGCUCUCACAGAGGAGUGUGUGCACGGCAGGAACUACUGCAGGCAGGUCCUAUGCCUGUACGAGCUCUCCAAGGAACUGAGCUGCUCCUUCAGUGAGAUGUCGGCGCAGGACCCUGAGCAGGUGCUUCGGGCCAUCCUGGCGGGGCGCGGGCCAGAGCGGGGCCGCAGGGCACAGGCCUUCAUCACCUGCCAGGGGCUGCAGCCCGGGGCUGUGGCACAGCUGCUGGCAGAGCAGAUCACCCAGGAGCUGCUGGCACCUGCAGAGGGCAAAGGACAGAAGCAGGUUCUGAACCCUACAGUGGAGAGCCAGGCAUUCCUGGAGCUUGCCAAGCUGUGCCAGGAUCACACCUUGCUUGGCAUGAAGUUACUGGAUAAAAUUGCCUCUGUCCCACGGGGGGAACUGUCGUGCAUUACAGAAUUGCUGAUCCUGGCCCACAAAUGCUUCAGUCUGACUUGUCACAUGGAAGGGAUCACCCGAGUCCUUCAGGCAGCACGGCUCCUCACCGACCAGCACCUGGCUCCUAAGGAGGAGUAUGGACUGGUGGUGCGGCUGCUGACGGGCAUCGGCCGGUACACGGAGAUGAGCUACAUCUUCGAGCUGCUGCACCACAGGCAGCACUUCGAGGUGCUCAUGAGGAAGAAACUGGACCCGAGUGGGACGCUGAAGACGGCGCUGCUCGAGUACAUCAAGCGCUGCCGGCCCGGGGACAGCGAGAAGCACAACAUGAUCGCGCUGUGCUUCAGCAUGUGCAGGGAGAUCGGCGAGAACCACGAGGCCGCCGCCCGCACCCAGCUCAAACUCAUCGAGUCCCGGCCCUGGGAGGAGUCUCUCCAGGAUGUUGCAAAUUUAAAGAAGCUGCUGCUGAAAGCUCUGACUCUCUUCAUUGAUGCAGCAGAAAGUUACUCCAAGGACUCUUGUGUGCGGCAGUCCCUGCGCUGCCGCCGCCUCACCAGGCUCAUCACGCUCCAGCUGCACUUCCUGGGUUCGGGGCAGAGCACCAGGAUCAUCAACCUGGGCAGGCAGGACCUGAUGGGCACCAUCCUGGCCCUGCCCAGGUUCUACCAGGCAGCCAUCGUGGCUGAGGCCUACGAGUUCCUCCCAGACUGGGCUGAGGUUCUGCACCACCAGGUGAUCACCAAGGGGGACUUCACCUACCUGGAGGAGUUCAAGCAGCAGAGGCCACUAAGGCCCAGCCUGUUCGAGGAGGUGGCCAAGAAGGUCCAACAACACCCCCCUGCUGAUGCUGCUCUGAAGAACCUGAAGCGGUUCCUGGCCCACUGUGAGGACAUUUACACCUACUACAGGCUGGCCUAUGACCACAAGUUCUAUGAUGUGGUGAAUUCCCUGCUGAAGGACCCUCAGACAGGCUGCUGCCUCAAUGACCUGCUAUCCAACUGAAUUCCAGCCCUGGAGCACAGCCCGGCUGCAACACUUCCUGCAGGGUCAGUGCUGAUAACAGAGAUUUUAUCAGGGACCUGCUCCCAGGGCUCUGCUGCUGAGAGUUACUCUAAAAAUCUGGUGGUGGUUGUAAAUAUUUUAAAUGCUGAGACUGUGUUAACCUAAAAUUGUGUUUGUAUAAUAAUAAAUCUUAUUGUUUAUAAAU